AUGCGGAAACCCUCAGGGGACAAAACAAAAAUCACUGGAGCCAUUUGGGGACCUCUAAAUAAAACAAUCAUUUGUGGUCAUGAGUCAGGAGCGCUGACAGUCAUUGACGCUCAUGAUGGCGAAGUGCUGAAACAUAUUGCCGCUCACAAAGGACCAGUCACCGAUCUUCAGAUGCAUCUGCACAUUCCUAUGUUCAUAUCAGCUUCGAAGGAUCAUACUGCUAAGAUGAUGAUGAUGAUGAAUCGGAUAUAUGAUAAUGGUGAUGAUGAUUAUGAUUCGGAUAUUGAUGAUGAUGAUGAUGAUGAUGAUGAUGAUGAUGAUGAUGAGGAUGAUGAUGAUUCGGAUGAUGAUGAUUCGGAUGAUGAUGAUGAUUCGUUAUGA